GUCCCAACAGUAGAGUGUUUUUACGAUAUUGACAUCCUGCUGGCGUAUCUGUAGAAGUCAGCUGACAAGUCAGAAAGUUACACUUCCUUUCAUUCUUAUCCUGAGUCUGAGUACUGGGCAGCUUGUUCGCAACAUUUCUAGGAGUGUCUAGCAACUGGAUUCCAAGUUCUUAAGGGAGCACACAUUUAAUCUGCUUUGCCUAAUCUUUAUGCAAACUUUGGAUUUGCCAGGAACACUGUUCGAAUAGUGGUAUUUGUGUCUUGUCUCUGAAGGCACACAGGAUGAGUAUGAAUGACUUUGCUGUCCUCAGCACUGGACGAAAGAUGCCCCUUGUGGGACUUGGGACGUGGAAGAGUGAACCUGGAAAGGAUUACCUCUAAUAAGUGUUAACAAAUCCAGGUGAAACAGGCAGUUAUUUGGGCAUUGCAAUCUGGCUAUCGCCACAUUGACUGUGCUCCCAUUUACACAAACGAGCCAGAGAUCGGUGAAGCUUUCCAAGAAAUGCUGGGGCCUGACAAAGCCAUCAGGCGAGAGGAUGUAUUUGUGACCUCCAAACUGUGGAACACUAAACACCACCCAGAUGAUGUGGAGCCAUCUCUGUUAAAAACCUUGAAAGAUCUAAACCUCGAGUACCUGGACCUCUACCUCAUCCACUGGCCAUAUGCCUUCCAACGAGGUGAUAACUCUUUUCCUAGAAAGGAGGAUGGAACCAUACUGUAUGACAACAUUGACUACAAGCAGACAUGGGCUGCUAUGGAAAAGCUUGUGGGGAAGGGCCUUGUCAGAGCUAUUGGACUCUCUAACUUCAACAGCAGACAGAUUGAUGACAUCUUAUCAAUUGCAAAUGUCAAACCUACUGUUUUGCAGGUGGAGUGUCAUCCAUACCUUGCACAGGUUAAGCUGCUAGCUCACUGCCGGGAUAAGGGUUUGGUGAUGACCGCCUACAGUCCACUAGGAUCUCCUGAUCGAACCUGGAAGCAUCCAGAGGAGCCUGUACUGUUGGAUGAGCCAGCCACUGCUGCACUAGCUAAGAAGUACAACAAGACUCCUGCACAAAUUAUCAUUAGGUGGCAAACUCAGCGAGGAGUAGUGACUAUCCCAAAAAGCAUUGCAGAAUCUCGGAUUAAAGAGAAUAUUGAGGUGUUUGAUUUCACUCUUGAACCUGAGGAAAUGAGUGAAGUGACAGCAUUAAAUAGAGGCUGGCGUUACAUUGUGCCAUCAAUAACUGUUGAUGGUAAGUCUGUACCCAGGGAUGCAGGACAUCCUCACUACCCUUUUAAUGACCCCUAUUAAUUCAUAAUUGUGCAGAAUUAUGUGCCUUGAAAGAUGUUGAUUCACACAUCUUUAUAAUUACAAAUACAAUAAAAACAUUUUCUUACACAUUAAAACAUGUGG